AGGACCUCAUGUGAUUGUUCUGCUCCUCAAACAUGAUCAGUGUUCAGCAGAAGAUCAAGAGUGUGUGGAGAAGGUGCUGGACUCUUUCUCUGAGCGGGUUUAUCAACACACCAUGGUGCUCACCACACAAGAGCCCACUGAAACCAAUGACAUCCUACAGAAGAUCAUUCAGAAGUGCUUCAACAGACACUUCAGUCUUCAGAGGAGCAGCUCUCCUGAUGAUCUUCUGCAGGUGUUUGAGGACAUUGUGCAAAUGAAUGAUGGACAACACCUGGAUUGUGCUGAAGAUGAGGCUUCACAGUAUUUCUCAAUGAAACAACAAGGCAUGAAAAAAUUUUCAGAUGAUGUAAAGCUAAAUCUGGUUGUGGGUGGAAGUGACGGGACAUUAAAAUCCUCCAUAUCAGAGCUGAUCCUGCAGCAGACAGACAGAAGAUCAGACGUGGAGCUUCAUGGACGUCAGAUCAGCCUGGUGGAGCUUCCAGCUCUGUUCAACUCUCGGCUCUCAGAGGAGGAAGUGAUGCGUGAGACUCUCCGCUGUCUGUCUCUCUGUCAUCCUGGAGUUCAUGUUUUCCUCCUCAUUAUUCCUGAUACUCCACUGACUAAUGAAGACAAAGCAGAAAUGGAGGCAAUCAAAAGGAUCUUCAGCUCAAAAAUCAACAAACACAUGAUGAUCCUCAUAAUGCAGAAUUCAGAGCAUCAGACAGCAGAACUCAAUGAAGAAACACAGUCUGUCAUUGAGAGUUUUGGAGGACGACAUAAUUUCUUUGGUCCCAAAACACAAGUGUCCACAUUGAUGAAGAACAUUGAGAAGAUGCUGGAAGAAAGCAGAGGAGAGUUUUUCACCACAGAGACAUUUUUGGAGGCACAGAUGAAAAAACUGCUGCAAUUUGAAGAGAUGAAAAAGAAAAUUAAUUCACUAGAGACACAUUUACUGUCACCAGGUUUAACAGAAAGUGAGGAUGAUCUGAGGAUUGUGCUGCUGGGAAAAACUGGAGUUGGGAAAAGUGCAACCGGAAAUACAAUCGUAGGAAAUGAUACAUUUACAGCAGAAACAUCUCAUAAGUCAGUUACUAAAGAGAGUCAGAGAGAAUCAUCUGAAAUCAACGGCCGACACGUUACUGUGAUCGACACUCCAGGACUGUUUGAUACUGAACUGAGUAAUGAGGAGAUCCAGAGAGAAAUCAGCCAUUGCAUCUCCAUGAUCCUGCCUGGACCACAUGUGUUCAUCAUUGUGCUCAAUUUAGGACAGCGGUUCACUCAAGAAGAAGCUACAUCAGUGAAAAUCAUCCAAGAGACGUUUGGUGAGAGAUCUUUAAAGUACACCAUGGUGCUCUUCACCAGAGGAGAUUAUCUGAAGGACAAAACCAUUGAACAGUUUCUGGGAGAACCUGGAUCUCAUUUGAUGAAUCUGAUUGAAGCGUGUGGAAACAGAUUCCAUGUGUUCAAUAAUAAUCAGACUGGAGACCGAACACAGGUGUCUGAUCUACUGGAGAAGAUAGACAACAUGGUGGAAGCAAACGGAGGGAGUUUCUACUCUUGUAAGAUGUUCAGACAGAUGGAAAGAGAAAAACAAGAACUACAGAUGAAGAUCCUGAUGGACAGAGUCAGAGAAAAGGAAGAGGAGAUGAAGGAACUAGAAGAAGAGAAAGAGAGAAUGAAGAUGAUGAUGGAGGAAGAACGACAGAAUCAUGACAAAGAGAGAAAAAGAAGAGAAGAUGAAUUUAAAAGAGAAAUAAGAGAACAAGAGAAACAUCAGAGAGAGAUACGAGACGAGAUGAGAAGAGAACAAGAGACAUUUAAACAUGAAAUAGAGGAAAUGAGGCAAGAAAAAGAGAAAAUAAAAAUAGAAAGAGAAAAACUUCAAAUGAAAUAUGACACAGAAAUAGACAGACUUACGAACAAAAUAGAGAAUGAAAGACAGAAUCAUGAAAAAGAGAGAAAGAAAAUAGAAAAAGAAUAUAUAGAAAGAGAAGAACAAUUUAAAACACAAAUAAAAGAGAAAGAAGAGAAAGAAAGAGAGAUCCAUGAGGAGAUGAAGAGAGAACGUGAAGAAUGGGAGAAACAGAAACUACAGGAAAAGACAAGAAGAGAGGAAGAGGAUGAGAAAAGAAGAGAAAAAGAACAGAGAGUUUGUGAUGAAUUUAAUCAGAGACUGAAACAAGAGAGAGAGAGAAUGAAAAAAGAGAAAGAAGAUCUUCAAUCUAAACAUGAAGCAGAAGAAAACAAGAUGAAGAUGAUGAUGGAGGAACUGAACAGAGAAAGAGAAGAACUGAUGAAGAAACAUGAAAAAGAGAAAAUGAAAAUGAUGAUGAUGAUGGAGGAAGAGCGAAAGAAUCAUGACAAAGAGAGAAAGAGGAGAGAAGAAGAAUUCAGAGAGAGAGAAGAAAGACAAAAAAGAGAAAUGAAAGACAAAGAGGAGCAAGAGAGAGAGAUGAGGGAGAAUGCAAAAAGAGAACAAGAGAUGUUAAAAAAUGAAAUGGAGACAAUUAGGCAAGAAAAAGAAAAUGUAAAGAAAGAAAAAGAAACCCUUAAAUCUGAAUACAUUACAGAAAUAGAGAGACUAAUGAAGAGAAUAGAGGAUGAAAGACAGAAUAAUGAUACAGAGAGAAAGAGAAGAGAAGAAGAGUUUAAUGAAAGGGAAGAACAAUAUAAAACACAAAAAAUGAAACACAAAGAGGAGAGAGAGGAACAGAUGCAGAAAAUUAAGAGAGAACAAUGGGAAUGAGAGAAACGGAAACUAGAGGAAAAGAUCAGAAAAGAAGAAGAUGAGAAAAGGAGAGAGAGAGAAAAGCAGAUUGCUGAUGAACAGAUUCUGAGACUGAAGAGUGAAAUGGAGGGAAUAAUUAGAGAGAAAGAGAGAAUAGAAAGAGAAGGACGGGGAAAACUAGAGGAUUUAGAAAAGA